GGCUAAAACGGGAGAUGGCGAGUGAGAAAAGAAAAGUUGGUGUCGCUCUUUCAGGGAUAAAUAGACGAAUGAAUUCUUCUUUGUGAGAGUGAAAGGAAAGUCCGUGUUCCUGGUUUGUGCGGACGCUUCGGCAGUGAUGGAAACUCAAACCUUGCGCGUAAAGUUGCCAAUCUCCGAGUUUGAUUGGCCAGCAAGACGAUUUAUCCAAACCGCGAGCAGACCAGGACAACGUGACGCAGGCUAGCUUCAUCUGGUGAGUGAGAUCAUCGCUAAGAAGCUGAAACUUCAUGCCGAAGGUGAAUUUGUGGAGCUGCGAGCUGUUCCAAAGUGUCAGUUUAUCUCAGAGAACCGUCUCAGACUGACAUGGCGCAAGACACUGAGGAGCCACUGAAGGAUUCUGCAAGAGAUUUCCAGUUUUUCCUGAAGACUGACUGACCCAAACCUGGACAACCAGCUGAGAGUGGCAACGUCAUCAGGUCACACUGACAUGAUAAUGAUGCUGAUGAGUAAGACACGCAUCCCUCCUUUUCCUCUCUCCCAGCCUGGGGCUGCCUGCAAUAGUCAUGAGUAAUUGUGUCCCGGCACGGAGAACAAACUCAGCACUCUGUCCGACCUGGACCAGCAGUACCGCACCCUGAAGAAGCUCUACGAGAAUUGUGAGGUCGUCAUGGGGAAUUUGGAGAUUACCAGCAUCGAUCGGAACCGCAACCUCUCCUUCCUCAAGUCAAUCAGAGAAGUGACCGGCUACGUGUUGGUGGCUCUCAACCAGUUCGACUACCUGCCGCUGGAGAACCUACGGAUCAUCCGUGGCACCAAACUGUACGAGCGUCGCUACUCUCUGGCGAUCUUCCUCAACUACAGACGGGAAGGGUACUACGGUCUGAGGCAGCUGGGGCUGCGCAACCUCACAGAGAUACUGAAUGGGGGUGUUUAUGUUGACCAGAACAAAUUCCUGUGCCAUGCCGACACCAUCCAUUGGCGUGACAUUAUCAAGAACCCACAGGCGGAGCUGCUGGUGGUGCCGUCCAACAACAGCAACCUUGGAUGCAGACGCUGUCAUCGCUCAUGUAACGGGCGCUGCUGGGGCCAUCAGGAGGACCAGUGUCAAACCUUGACAAAGACGGUGUGUGCAGAGCAGUGUGACGGUCGCUGCUUCGGGCCUUACGUCAGCGACUGCUGCCAUCGCGAGUGCGCCGGCGGCUGCUCGGGCCCCAAGGACACGGACUGCUUCGCUUGCACCAAUUUCAACGACAGCGGAGCAUGUGUGACCCAGUGCCCUCAGCCGUUUGUGUACAACCCCACAUCUUUCCAGCUGGAGCACAACCCCAGAGCCAAGUACACCUAUGGAGCCUUUUGUGUGAAGAAAUGUCCCCAUAAUUUCGUGGUGGACCACAGCUCCUGUGUCAGAGCGUGUCCCAGCAACAAGAUGGAAGUGGAGGAGAACCGCAUCAAAAUGUGCAUCCCCUGCACCGACAUCUGUCCUAAAGUGUGCGACGGCAUAGGGACGGGCAGCCUGCAGGCGGCUCAAACAGUGGACGCCAGCAACAUCGAUAAGUUCGUCAACUGCACCAAAAUCAACGGCAACCUCAUCUUCCUCAUCACUGGUAUUAAAGGGGACAUGUAUCAUGGUAUCGGACCUUUGGACCCAGAGCGUCUUAACGUGUUCCGCACUGUGAAAGAGAUCACAGGUUACCUCAACAUCCAAUCUUGGCCUGAGAACAUGACGGAUCUGAGUGUUUUUUCAAACCUGGCAACGAUCGGAGGUAGAACUCUUUACAGCGGGAGUGGCAUUUCGCUGCUGAUCUUGAAACAGCGUUGGAUCUCCUCGCUCCAGUUCCAGUCGCUGGACGAGAUCAGCGCUGGAAAUGUCUACAUCUUCAACAACAGCGGCCUGUGUUUCUACAACACCGUCAACUGGACGUCGCUCUUCAGGACGCAGAGCCAGAAAGUCCUCAUCCGCAAUAAUCGAGACCCAAAGGAAUGCAAUCAGCUGCGAAUGGUGUGUGAUCGGAUGUGCUCAGACGACGGGUGCUGGGGCCCGGGGCCCGACCAGUGCCUCUCCUGCCGAUAUUUCAGACGAGGCCGCACCUGCGUCGAGUCCUGCAACCUCUUCGACGGGGAAGUGCGGGAAUUUGCCAACGGAUCCGUGUGCCUGGAGUGUGAUAACCAGUGUGAGAGGAUGGACGGGAACACCAUGACGUGUCUCGGCCAGGGCCCGGACCAGUGUGUAAAAUGCCUCCACUUCAAAGAUGGACCCAACUGCGUGGAGAAGUGCCCUGACGGGUUGCAGGGGGCCAACAGUUUCAUCUUCAAGUACGCCAAGGCCAACAACGAGUGUCAUCCCUGCCAUGCUAACUGCACCCAGGGGUGCCUCGGGCCAAGACUCCAAGAUUGUGUCGGGAUGAUGGACAGGACACCGCUAAUAGCAGCUGGCAUUAUCGGCGGCCUAUUCAUCAUCGUCAUCCUGGCGCUCAGCGUGGCCGUUUAUGUUCGCCGCAAAAGCAUCAAGAAGAAGAGGGCCUUGCGGCGCUUCUUGGAGACAGAGCUGGUGGAGCCCCUGACCCCCAGUGGAACCGCCCCCAACCAGGCCCAGCUGCGGAUCCUGAAAGAGACGGAGCUGAAGAGGGUGAAGAUCCUCGGUUCCGGAGCGUUUGGGACAGUCUACAAGGGCAUCUGGGUCCCGGAGGGCGAGACGGUGAAGAUCCCUGUGGCUAUAAAAAUCCUCAACGAGACCACGGGCCCUAAAGCCAAUGUGGAGUUCAUGGACGAGGCCCUGAUCAUGGCCAGCAUGGAGCACCCCCACCUGGUGCGCCUGCUGGGCGUCUGCCUGAGCCCCACCAUCCAGCUGGUCACCCAGCUCAUGCCCCACGGCUGCCUCCUCGACUACGUGCACGAGCACAAGGACAACAUCGGAUCGCAGCUGCUGCUCAACUGGUGUGUCCAAAUCGCAAAGGGCAUGAUGUACCUGGAGGAGAGGAGGCUGGUCCACCGGGACCUGGCGGCCCGGAACGUGCUGGUGAAGUCGCCCAAUCACAUCAAAAUCACCGACUUCGGCCUGGCACGGCUGCUGGACGCUGACGAGAAGGAGUACAACGCAGACGGGGGCAAGGUUGGUAUGCCGAUUAAAUGGAUGGCCCUCGAAUGCAUCCACUACAGGAAGUUCACCCACCAGAGUGACGUGUGGAGUUAUGGUGUGACCAUCUGGGAGCUGAUGACGUUCGGAGGCAAGCCGUAUGACGGCAUCCCGACACGGGAGAUCCCGGACAUCCUGGAGAAAGGAGAACGUCUGCCGCAGCCGCCCAUUUGCACCAUAGAUGUCUACAUGGUCAUGGUCAAAUGCUGGAUGAUUGACGCGGACAGCAGGCCUAAGUUCAAAGAGCUGGCUGCUGAGUUCUGCAGAAUGGCCCGUGACCCCCAGCGGUACCUGGUCAUCCAGGGAGACGACCGCAUGAAGCUUCCCAGCCCCAACGACAGCAAGUUCUUCCAGAGCCUUCUGGACGAAGAGGACCUGGAUGACUUGAUGGAUGCUGAGGAGUACCUGGUGCCUCGGGGGUACAACGUGGCUCCUCCGUCGUACACGACCAGGCCUCGCGUCGACUCCAACAGAAAUCAGUUCGGCUAUCGAGACGGUGGCCCAAACCCUUCAGAGAGCUCAAUGGCGGGCGCCCAAGCCGGCGUGAACCAGGAGGCCACAGGCGGACCCAUACCGGCCCUGGAGGACCAGCGCUGUAACGGGACCCUGCAUAAGAAGAGCCUGAGCCAGGCUGGGACGGAGGACAGUGGGGGCCAGAGGUACAGCGCAGACCCCACCAUCUUCCUUGGAGAGAGGGCGUCCAGAGGGGACACUGAUGAGGACGGAUACAUGACGCCCAUGAAGGACAAGAGCUCCUCAGAAUACCUGAAUCCCAUUGAGGAAAACCCAUUUGUCUCACGACGUAAAAACGGUGAGAUCCACGCCUUGGAUAACCCGGGCUACCACAGCACACCCAACAGCCAGCCCAAGGGAGAGGACGAGUACAUCAACGAGCCCCUCUACCUCAACACCUUCCACAGCCCUGCCGAGCUGGGUCUGGAAGCGCUGAGAAGAAACGGUCUACCCCUCCCCAACCAGCCUCCUUCUUCCAUCUCGGCCACAACUUCAGGCUCCCACCUGCCGCUCACCAUCCAGACCAGCCUGCCUCACUACCCCCUCCCUACGACCCAGCCCUCUCCAUCUGGCAUGCCUUGCCACCACGGCCCACCGACCCACAUCCUCCACGCCCAUCACACCAUCAAACCUGCAGGACAACCUGUCAAUCCAGGUGGCCUCUCCGCCAGUCAGAGCCAAACAGGAACUACUGCCCAAGCCCAGGUGUGUCAGUCAGGCGCCCUUUCCACUUCGGCCACCAUCGGGCACGGCAGCCUGCCAGCCUACCAGACCCACGGCACCAUGCACCCCGCCAGCUUGCUGAAGCAUGGUGGACUGACAUCAGGUAAAGUCAGCGGGAAGAAGCUGAAGGUGACCUUUGACAAUCCAGAAUACUGGCAGCACAGCUUGCCUCCCAAAUCAUCCAACCAGGCAGCCCCUGAUGGCGCCCAAGGAGGUUCCACCAACGCCAAGCUCUUCUAUAAGCAGAACGGACACAUACGGCCGGCGGUAGCUGAAAACCCUGAAUACAUGUCGGAGUUUUCUCUGAAAUCUGGCACCGUCUUGCCGCCUCCGCCGUACCGGCAGCGGAACACUGUGGUCUAGGUCGUUCCACUUAAACGUUCCUCAACCUGACUCUAGCCUCCAGCAACCCAGACAUCCUCUCCGGUUCCACUGUUCCACACAGAUCGGGAGCAGCCUCGACAAGAGCCGCCCCAAAACUCUUCCCAAAAAAACGUGCCAUCUGCUGUAGACCGUAGCGACAUCAGAAGGGGGUGGACCGAAUGGACCCGAGCAGAACCCAACUCAGACACCUUCACUAUAUCAAUCCAGUCCAUUUCUGUUCUGUAGAUAGAGACUGUGCUUCACGUCACUGAGUUUCAGCAUACGACGGACACAUGACUGUCACCCAGCAGUGGACGUACCGUGUUGUCCCAGCGAGGUAGACCAGAACGGAGACAAACAAGAUGGAUUCGACUUAGGGGACCGGAACUCACUGCCAGCCACUGCGGUGUCAGAUUCAUGACAGGAAAGAGUUGUUGUAUUAUUUCUUUGGUUUUCCAGUAUAAAGGUCUGAGGAUGAACAAAACUCUUUCGAGGGUUUCUGUGAUCAGCAAACAGACGGAGCAAACACAGUCUGUUAGAUGUCAAGAUGUCUUGUGUUGUGAAACGACCUUGUGGAGUGAGGCGAGGCAGCAAAACACGGAGGGAAAAAGACUGAAAGGUUUAGUCAGGAGAGUGACUUCCAGUAAAAGACGGAGCACUGGAAGCCGAUCAAUCAUAUUCAAUCUUUUUGCCUAUAGGAUUACAUGUAUGUUCUCAAAUUUUCCAUCGAAUAUGUGAAAUUCAUUUCAUCUUCCUACUGUAACUGUGAAACUGUGAUGGCCAAAACUACAGUGAUCUCCUCCUUUUCACAUCUGUAGUUCAACCAUGGACUUUUUAAACUUUGCCUGAAAUCACGCAGGGCAUAUAUGCUGUUUUUGUUGUUUUUGCUUGACUGCAGCUGUCUACUCUGAGAAGCUGAUCAAAAAAACAGCUUUUUUUUCCGAAGCAAAGGGGAAAAAAAAUACACUGUAAACAUUUUUUUAUAAACACUGGUUGCGGUGCUGAGAAAGAUGGAUUUUUAUACACUGGUAUUCCCCCUCAGAUCGUCAAAGAACGUAAAUGAGUAAAGAGCGUCUUGCGAUAAGAGCGGGAGGGUAUUUGGGGGAAUGGCUGUAUCUGCUGAACAGUGUGAUAAGACCAUCCGUGUAACGCAGCUGAGCUCAAAAUGGUGAUCAUAGAGACCGAGAUUGAGCGAGAGAGCGAAAGAAAGAGAAAAAAGUCGACAGAGAGGGGAAGGAGAGUUCAUGCAAGCCGCCUAAUGAAGACCUCAAGGAAUGAACAAGACAGCACCAGCAGAGCACAGGAAAAACUCUGUUUGUGUGUGUGUGUUUAUGUCAGCUUGAAUGUGUGUGUUCACAUUUUAGCUAGUCAGUUUUUUCCCCCCACAGGGGAAUCUGUGGAAAAAGCGAUGUGGUAGAAGUCGGCGUUAUUAUAAUCCUUCAUUACCACAUCUCACCAGACUCGACGCCCGUCAAACGAGGCUUCCGCCACAUGACUGCAGUCAAGUAGAAAACACAUUUGUUUCUUUCAAACUCACUGAGUCGCUCGACCGCACCAAACCUCUGGGAGAUUUUAAUCAUCUUAGGUGAUCCUGAACUGUCUUGUUUCUCUCCGUUGGAUUGGUUUAAGUCAUGAACCUGAGGCUUUAUGUAGAAUCUGUUAAAACUGUGCCAAAACUGAUACACUUUUCUUUGGAAGGAAUCAUUUUUUGUAGCUUGGACCACUUGUUCUCCAGACCUGUUCCUCUCUAUGACCGCAGAAUUGGGCGAGGUGCUGCCUGGUAUGGAAAGGAAAUGUCUGCGGUCGCUGUGGUUUUCUUUCUUAACUGCGUUCCAAAGCUUUGUUUUACCAUCUCACUGGCGUUCAUGCAACCACUCUCACGUAAUUUGUUCCUCAAUUCGCCCAUUCGUAAAAAAAAAAAAAAAAAACCCUGACUAUGACAAUUUGUCGUGCUGACGAAAGGAAAGCAACUUGCACAAUUUUAACCAACAAAGACCAGGACCACAUUAGCGCAGACCUAAUCACCAGGAACUCCAAAACCUACUAACCAACCAACGUCGUCUGAAAUGAUGUUCAUACACAACUUAUAUCCAGCAGCAAAUAUACCUUGAAGAAACCCAAAGCCAACUGAGCUUAUUUAAUAUGUUUUACAACAAAAUAUCCGUUUUUAUAAUCUAGAAGCUGCUUAUCAGCCACCUAAAGUAUUUUCAGAUGUUUUUGGUUUUGUUUUAUGGCUCCUAGAUUAGGUUAGCAAAAGUUCAGUGCUGUAAAAUUUACCCAACAAAAGUAUCUCAACUGAGUUCUACUCUUGUGAUCCCCUGUUGAGCACUGAUUGCCCCCUUUGCUCUCAGGAGAACUGUUCAAGCCUCCUGAUGCCUCUGCAGGCAAACUGCCAGUCGACGCUGCUAAAAGCGCUGGUGUUAAACAGCCAUUACGUUCUUCCGCCAAGCCAUACAAGAGCACCUGUGGGUGGGAAAACACCGCAAAGCUUGCCAAACUUUCAGAGAUCAAUGCGGAACAUUUUUGCAAUGAUGGUCCGCCUCAGAGGUCCACCUGCAAUAUCUCAUCAUCUCGGAAUCACAUCUUAGUUCAAUCAAUACGAGCAAAAUCGUGCAGUUUCGUGAACCUUGAGCGAGCUUCCCCAGCCAUUAACUGUGGAACUUUAACAUUAUCGCUUUGUCAUUGCUUUUAACAGCUUUUUCAUCAUCCUGCGGCACAGGCAGAGCCACGUCCGAGCUGUUUUUACUUUUUCGUUUAUUUUCUGCUUUUUUGUGUGUCUGUGUGCGUGAAAGUGUUUCGUCUAAGUAAGCUGUAUAUGUUUCUCCUCCCCGUGGAGCACUUUGAUCAAACUUCGUGGGGUAGAAAGAAAAGGAUUUCCGCCCCUUUCGUUGCUGAAAUAUUCAACUUGUUUAUCUGGUCGUUCGCCACUUCAGAAAGCAAGAAGCUUUUAGCGGAAGUCCAGGGAAGGUACCGCGGCCGGGAGUUCACGAAGAAGACACACUUUUUUCGGUGGUACUGACCAGCCUCAUGAAUGUCCUUGUUUCCAAGUUUUUUUUUGUUUUGCCUCGAACAGUAUUCAUAAUGCCGCUUUGAUGAUAUCAUGAUUAUUUGAUGAAGGAGUAUUUUGUAGUCCCUUUUGGAGCUCUAAUUCAAUGAAAUAGAGACAGCAUUUAAUAUCAAUGUGAAAUAUUUAUGGUGCGUUUGAGCUUGUUUAUACAGAGCAAUGUGAGCGUCUGCCAAAUUUGGGUUUUUUCGAGGAGAAGGAGAAGAACAAACAGAAAAAAGGCCGUGAUGGUGGUGGAAAAAGAAAAACAUGCAUCGGUUUCCUUCUCUCUCUCUCUCUUUCCCUCGUUGGCCCAAAUUCUACUGCAGACCCGGGCAAAAAUAUGUGUUUGAAUCAAGAAUAGAUUAGACUGCAGCCCUGAUGAGACGACUGGCCCUCGCAUCUUAUCAAGGAUGCUUCAGAGUCUCCGAGACACUCAGCAAACUCCUUCGCUUUCAGUUCAGUCUCCUCAUGGGUUCAUUGCCAGAACAGGAAGAAAAAUAACAUUCCUGAACCUGAGGAGUUUGCGAAAAGUCUUGUUUUUUGUCAUGCCAAAACGGCCUCGGUGACCUUUUUAAAGUACUUUUCUGUGGAAAGCGAUGAUUUCUUCCCCCUCUGCUCGCCAUUAUUCUUGCUUCUGAGCGUGUUUUGCCUCGGCGUCGGCCUGUGUUACCUGCUGCUAUUUGUCUCAGGCCCUAAACACUCUUGUGGCUCGUGGCUGUUCAAGAACACACCAUGGCAACUGGUGUUUGAGAGCGAUUACCUUUUUUUUUUUUCCUUUUAUAAAGUUUUCCUCGGAGCCAAGGGUGCAGAGGCAUGUAGCCACGUCGUACCGAAGUGAACCCUCCGUUGUUUCGUCCUCAGCAUAUAGGCGGCGUAUAAGAGUCUAAUGUAUAGUACAAUAUCACCUUGCAUGGAACCCAAAGUGAGUGUUUUUUUCUUCCCUCCACCUUUGUAUCUCUUCACUGACGACAGGAACAGCGAGGGGAAGACGUAACCGGAUCUUUCUAACCGAAUUCUUCAGUAGCACAAAAUGGAAGUCCUUAUUUCUGAAAUCUUUCACGGGGUUCGUUUUUCCUUUCACGGCGCCCUGUACGGUUAAUUCUUGACACUUGAAUCGACGUAAUUUUUUUUCCAUUAUUAUUAUUAUUAUUAUUCCAUUAUUUAACACGUCCGUCAUUCUUCACCCCCCCCACAGUGUUUUUUCUUCUUUUUGUUCUUUUUUUUUUAAUUGUCCGCGCCUCAAUUGCACAAAUCAUCGCGUACGUGAACCAUGCUGUGUUUUAAAUUAUCGGAUCAGUAUAAAUGUACAGAAUCUUUGGGGUUUCCUCCAAAAAAACUUAUCUAACAAACAACUUCAGCAACAAAUGUGAAUAGUAUUUUUAUAAAAAGCACUGAAACGGCCGACGUGGUGAAUUUGUAAAUAAGGGAGGCGAUGCUUUGAAUUUCUAUGGUCUUCUCUCCUACUGCUGUUUUCUCCUGCUUAUAUCGACUUGUACAAAAAGAAAAAAAAAGAGCCGUACAUAUUUGCUUUAUGUAAGUGAACCUUUUUUUUGGACUAAUGGGAGUUUGAUUUAAAAAAAGUGUUUGUUGACCCCUCUCUCAUGUGAAGAAACUCUGUUCGGUGGUUCCCCCCUUUUUAGUUUUUUUCCUCCAGAGCUUUCGUGGCUGUCCUCACGUAACGUUUCAGUUUAGGUGAACACUGUAAAAAGUGGUGAUGGUGUGGGAGUGGGGGUAUAUCUCUUGUUUUUUUUCACUUCCCCCAUGUCUGCCACAUUUCAUUUGUCACCCCCCCAACGACAACAACAACAACAAGCAAACAAAACCUUCUUUACCUCCCCCUUCUUUCUGAUUCUCAUACAAACUGAAACCAGUGCUGCCAACCAACCAACCCAGUUACCUUCUCUGCGUACUUUCUACUGGAAAUAUUACUGAGCCAAGUCCGACCUCCUCUUCUUCCUCCUGGAAGGCAGAGCACAGCCUUCGACCCGUCUUUACGUUCUUCCCUGAUUUGUUUUUGCAUGCUUUGUAGAGGAGAACAUAGUGGAGAGAAGGCGUUCCCCGGAUAUAAUUCCUCCUCGCCUACGUUAGCUCCCCCUGCCAAGUGUUCCCUGUUAUUUGAAACCAUACCCAAAGCUUUAUAUCAUAGAAAUACCGUUCCUCAUGUUUGUUACAUGAAUCUGUCAAAAGUAUAUUUUUAAUUUAAUAUAAAUAAAGAUUGAUUCAGUAUA